AUGGCAAACUCAUCAGCCUGGACAGACGAGGAUAAACGACUUUCAGCUGUCCGAGACCCCGACUUCCCUCAAUGCUCUUACACCCGUGGAUGUCACCUGGGACAAGGAGGCUACGCAAGAGUCUACAAAGUUCUCGAUCGCCGGACUGGACUUGUCCAUGCCGGCAAAACCUCCCCCGAAGCAGUUAAGCACUUGCGAAAGGAGGCUAGGAUCCUGAGGAGCCUUCACCAUCCCAACAUUGUCAAGUAUAUUGAGUACUUUGAAGAGGAGAAUGAUCCAUCUGCCAACAUCCUCGUUAUUGAGCUCUGCGCUGGUGGAAGUCUGCAGGAUGUAAGCAACAACCAUUCUGACGGUUUAGCAAUAACGGAUGCUCUCCGGGUCAUGCUUCAAGUCUCGCAGGCCGUCGAAUAUCUCCAUGGGUUAAACCGUUUCCAUGGAGACCUCAAGCCGCGAAACAUCCUCAUCCGCACAUGGGAUCCUGUCGAAGUCGUUGUCGCGGAUUGCGCAGAGAUUAUGCAUCAUGGGCACGCCGGCAAGAGCGACGACAUCUGGGCCCUUGGCAUCUCGUUGAUGGGCAUGAUGGGGCAGUCUCCUCAUUUCUAUAAGAAGGAGGAGCGGAUGUAUCCACGUAUAUGCGCUACGCACGCUCGCAACUUGGAUAGAUUGAAUCCCGGACACGAAAUUAUCCAGCUCCUGUUACGCCUUCUUGAAUGGAAUCACAAGACAAGAAUCACUGCGUUAGAGCUUGUGAAGUUGACGGCUGAGUUGAUGGAAGCGCGACGCACCCAGGACGACCCCAAGGAAAAGAUGGACUUGGAGGUACCUGAAGGAACUCGUGUAGUUGAGUUCUGGUAG